GUGUGCUUUUAAAGGCUGGGAAAGCCAAUUCCCUCAUCUUCCUUUGUGAUGUUGAAUUGGCUGAUGUGUGUUAGGUAAAAUCUUUUAGGUUACAUCACCUCUGAGUGUAGUGUAUGGAACCGGCGCUUCAUUCUGACAGGCGCUCAAGUCUCAGUCCUAUUGGGUCCAGCGCUGAUGGGUGGACUGAAUAAAUAGCGAGUGAGAUGGGAGCGAGGUUGAAAUGAGUGGAGGAGCGGCAGAGGAAGUAGGAGGCACAGUCUGUAGUAGCUGCUCGUGAUUUACUGCAACUGUGGCGGCAGCCGGACUCUGACUGAGCAGCAUCUGAACUCUCUUUUAUCACAAGUUGCGCUCCAGCUUGCGCUAUUUUUCGCCCCCUCCGACACUUCCAACUGAGCGCUGAUUGCGUUUCCUGCCUGCGCUGCGCUCCAAGUUUUGUCGGCGCGAGCCCACCUAUCUGCUGCGAACAGGUCGCGAGAGAGGGACGCAUUCCACGCGCUGCUUCUUCCUCCGCCGCUCGCUCGAAUUGAUCGGUCAAGAUGAUGAUAAUUAUUGCGGAGUUCUUCGUGGUCAUUCUUAAGGUGCUCUGGGCUUUUGUGACUGCUGGGGCGAAGUGGGUUGUGCGGCCCAAGGAGAAGAGCGUGGCGGGACAGGUGUGCGUGAUCACCGGGGCUGGAAGCGGCCUCGGGCGGCUCUUCGCCAAGGAGUUCGCCCGGAGACGAGCGAUACUGGUGUUGUGGGACAUAAACAGCCAAAGCAACGAGGAGACGGCGGAGAUGGUGCGGCAGAUAUACCAUGAACUGGACACUCCCAUAACCAAAGACGGACCUGUUGGAGGGGUAGAGGAGGUCCCUCCUUUCCAGCCGCAGGUCUACACCUAUGUGUGUGAUGUGGGGAAGCGGGAGAGUGUGUAUUCCACAGCCGAGAAGGUGCGGCGAGAGGUGGGAGAGGUGGACAUACUGAUCAACAACGCCGGCGUCGUCUCUGGCCAUCACCUCCUGGAGUGUCCCGACGAGCUGAUCGAGCGCACCAUGGUGGUCAACUGUCACGCACACUUCUGGACCACCAAGGCGUUUCUCCCCAAGAUGCUGGAGCUGAAUCAUGGUCACAUUGUGACUGUUGCCAGCUCCCUGGGUUUAUUCAGCACAGCUGGAGUGGAGGAUUACUGCGCCAGUAAGUUCGGUGCCAUCGGCUUCCACGAGUCGCUGAGCCAUGAGCUGAAGGCCUCGGAGAAGGACGGCAUCAACAUGACUCUGGUGUGCCCUUACCUGGUAGACACGGGAAUGUUCAAAGGCUGCAGGAUAAGGAAGGAGAUUGAGCCUUUUCUGCCUCCCCUGAAGCCAGAGUUCUGCGUGAAACAGGCCAUGAGAGCCAUCCUCACCGACCAGCCCAUGAUCUGUACGCCUCGCAUCGUCUAUAUGGUCAACUUCAUGAAAAGCAUCCUGCCCUUCGAGGCCAUUGUGUGCAUGUACCGGUUCCUAGGCGCCGACAAGUGCAUGUACCCCUUCCUAGCUCAGAGAAAGGAGGCCAUGAACAACAACGAGGCGAAGAAUGGGAUCUAGGGGGCGCUGUUUGUAACACGAACAGAGGGCACAUAAACCUGCAAGCAUGAGGAAACAACCACUGAGGAUGAAAAUGGGGAAGACGGGAAGGAAGGAAAGACUGAAUCUAGACUGGUGCACUUGCAUUGAGCAAAUGCAAAGGUUUACCAUAUUGUUCCUCUGGAACAAAGAAAGCUGUGUACUACACAAAGGAUUUAUUUGACUUUGUUUUUGUCUUUAUUUUUUAAGUUUGUUUAAAGAAACCAACAUCUAUAUUCUGUGUCACUAGUUUUGAAAAUCAUACAGAAAAGGUAUCCAAUAAUUAACUAUUUACGUAAUGUAGUCACCAGCCUUAUCUAGUGUCAUUGUGGAAAUACACAGUAUGUUACUGUACAAACAGUAAAAAAAAUGUUUUCACUUUUAUUUUAUUUUUGUAGACAUGCACUGUAAUUUCUGAUUUUUCUCUACACUGCCAGCAUUCUCUGUGUAGGACAGUUCAACGCAGCAUUUCAAAGUACCCAACGUCUCCCCGUGCAGAGGCUCUUUUUCACUCAGUCAGCAAAUUGGUGUGCGGCUCAACUCGGCUCCGGCUAUCGCUUGUGCCAUUUAAAACAAAGCAAGACGAAUACUUCACCAUUAAAGUUUACCAUAUUCCGUUGUCGUUUAAUACUUAAGUUACAGACAUGUAGCAUAUAUGUUGAUAAUGAAGUCAUUCCAAGUGGGACAUGUAAAGGCCAGAUUGUGGCUGUUUCCAGUGCAACGGGGCUCAACUUUGUCCCUUUAAUGGUCCUGUUAUUUCAGGUCUGUAUCGACUAACCUCUCAGACGAAAAGUGGACGAGGUCCGUGUCCUGGGUUGAACCAGCAUGAGUGACACAUUCAGAAUGUACUGCUUUGGGAGAAACGGAGAGGAAAUACAUUUUAUUUCUCUCAUUUGUCUUUAUUUUUGAGAUCUGUGGUGUUUAUAUUGUAAAUUUAUCUGUUACCAAUAUUAUUUGUUAAAAAAAAUAAAUAAUAAUAACCCGACAUAGGCUGUAACUCCGAACCCCUGUCCCAACACUGAUGGGUGGUCGAGGAGGGAAAAGACACUAGCUUUCCAUUAUUCUUUCCAAAGUAACACUUUAACUCUCCCGUCCAUUGUCCACCUUGUCCAGUUAAAGUGAGAUGUAAAAGUUUUAAUGUUGUGAAUACCCCGGCAUCCCAGAAAUGACUGUCUCCACCAUAUUUGAUGUAUGAAUAUUUUCUAUACCUUUGGGACGACAAGUUUUUGGAUUUCAACUACAUUCCAACAGGCGUCAUUCCUUCAGUCACAGUGAUGAGCCUAAAUUCUCUACCUCUUAAUUUUU